AUGGAGCUAGUCAACGAGACUUUGGUGAGAGAGUUUGUCUUCCUUGGCUUCUCCUCCCUGGCUAAGCUGCAGCAGUUGCUAUUUGUGGUCUUUCUGCUCCUCUACUUCUUCACCCUGGGCACCAAUGCCAUCAUCAUUUCCACCAUUAUGCUGGACAGAGCCCUCCACACGCCCAUGUACUUCUUCCUUGCUGUCCUCUCCUGCUCAGAGACCUGCUACACCUUUGUCAUUGUCCCCAAGAUGCUGGUGGACCUCCUGGCCCAGAAGAAGACCAUCUCCUUUGUGGGCUGUGCCAUCCAGAUGUUCACCUUUCUCUUCCUGGGCUGCUCUCACUCCUUCCUGCUGGCAGCCAUGGGCUAUGACCGCUAUGUGGCCAUCUGCCACCCCCUGCGCUACUCUGCACUCAUGAGUCAAGGAGUGUGUGGGGGGCUGGUGGCAGCUGCCUGUGCCUGUGGCUUCACUGUGGCACAGGUGAUCACCUCGUUGGUGUUUCAGCUGCCCUUCCACUCCUCCAAUCAGCUCCAUCAUUUCUUCUGUGACAUCUCUCCUGUCCUCAAACUGGCAUCGAACCACACACAUUUCAACCAGAUGAUCAUCUUCCUCCUCUGUUCUUUGGUCCUGAUAAUCCCCCUGUUCCUGAUCUUGGUUUCCUAUAUCCACAUCAUCUCAGCUAUACUGCAAUUUCCUUCCACACUGGGCAGGUACAAAGCUUUCUCCACCUGUGCAUCUCAUCUCAUUGUUGUCACUGUCCACUACGGCUGUGCCUCCUUUAUCUACUUGAGGCCCAAGUCUAACUACUCCUCAGGUCAGGAUGCUCUCAUCUCAGUAUCCUACACUAUCCUCACACCACUGUUCAAUCCAAUGAUUUACAGCUUGAGGAAUAAAGAGUUCAAAUCAGCUCUCCGUAGAGUUGUGGGAAAAACAGUUUCUCUACCAUAA